AUGUCCAUUGAGCGCCCGGCACAGUCCGACGGCUUGUCGCCAACUCUCCUCGACGUUCUGUCCAUCUCUAUCAUUCUCGACAACACCGUGCAAUACCUGCCUCUCUCCACUCUCUUCGCUUUGGCCAGAACAUCCCGCGCUUUCCGAGACCUGAUCCUUCGCACAGCAAGCGUCUUCCGAUAUGUUGACCUUUCGAAGUGUCGGGGUGCAUAUGUUCCCCCCAGUCUCCUGACGAGAAUUGACUCCGGGGGUCAUUCCUGGCGCGCGGAACGAAUGGACGAGAACCUGACCGAAGACGAGUUUUAUGCCGGCCCACUACGCGGCGUCCUAGCGAGACUGGCCAAGAUGAAAGUCCUUCAGAAUGUUCAGACCUUAGUCCUCGACGGUCUGGCUUCGGUUACAGUUGAUCUGAUCAACGAUAUCGUCACGAGAAACGAAUACAACGUUCGUUUCCUCAGUUGCAGCAGCUUCUCUGUCACCUUUGUCGACCGAGUAGACCUGAGGGAACCCCUCGACUGCAAGGGCUAUACGUCUUCACACCUCCCGCAUCGGACGCCCGUGGACCUGGCAGCGAUCGCCUUCAUCCUCUACUCGACAAUUAUGCCACCAUGCUCCCAAUGGGGCAAUGGCCCCGCCAUCAACUUUUAA